ACUGACUGGAGUUAAAAGGAAAAAGCUUUGAUGUGUUCAGUUAUAUUUCUCAUCUGACGUCCUUUUUGACAGUUUUGGGGCUCCGUACAACGUGACAUUUGUAGUGAAAUUUCUCCACUUUUGGCUUUGAGACUACUUAUGAGUAGAGAAAUUUCGCAUUUACACAGGGCAUGCGGCCACUUGAUGUCCUUCCCGCCAAACCACCUGAGACUCAGCAUCGAGCUAUGAAAGGAAGCAGUCAUGAGAGGAUGAAAAGAUAGAUGGGUGGAGGUAAGAGGGAGAGAGAGAGAGAUGAGGUCUCCCAAAGAGACCACUGGGAGGGGUGAUGAGAUGUAAGCAGGGGAGAGAAGUUUAAAGACUUGAAAGAAGAGGAGAGGCGGAGGCUGGGAGGGAAACUCCCUCCUGGUUAUGAACAACUGUUGCACACUCCAAGCUUCAUACACGGGACACACUCACACCACUGCACAGCUAACACACAGGCAGUGAGCGCGUGUGUGUGUGUGUGUGUGUGUGUGUGUGUACAAGAGCUGCCACAGAGUCGAGGACUGUAGAAGAAAACGUCUCGUCAUUCCCGAGGACUACAAUCAGGAAACAAUUUCCUGGAGUUAUCGUUUUUAUAAAUUGGAUUAGGAAAGACCCCAGAGAUGUGUGGGUGGGGAACGGUCUUGAAUGGAUGAAUAACUACUCAAGGAUGACAGGAUAAAGGCUUCCAGCAGUGAUUGCUCCACAGCAGACGAUUCUCAUGAGGUAUCUCCUUGAGGAUUGACUCACUGCAGGUGUGAACUUCUGUUUUUUUUUCCUUUGUGAGGUCAAAGAAGACUGGCAGCGAAAAACUUGAUGACACAGCUCUCAAAUUUCACUCCCAAUCUCUGCGGCACCUGCUCAUCACUGAAAUUGCUUUCCAUCCUCCCGAGUUUACGACUUCAAAGUGAGGACCAAUCUUCCGUAGGGGCAUUGUAAUUAUGCCCUCACUCUCAUUAUCUCUGUUCCUUCUGCUGCACGACUGAGAGGUGAGGGCGAGGUGGAUCAGAGGGUGAGGAGGUUUUUUUUUUCUUCUUCUUCUUCAUGAUUAGAGAAGGUAGAAGAGGGAGAGAGGAAGGCAAAGGGGGGAGGGAGAGAUAAACAGGCAGUUUAAGGCGGUAAACACGUCUCCUCCAGGGCCAGCUCUCCUCUAAACAAAUCGAGCAUAUAUCAACGCUGUAUUUGUGUGCUGUGGUGACAGUUUCACGGAGUCACCACAGACACUGUGGGGGUCUGAAAAACACUGGAGGGAAGAUAACCUGAAGAAACUUGUGCAGCUAAUUAAUUGUGAGUAAAACGUUUUAUUUGCCCAAAAGAGAAGAAGUUAACCAGCACAUGAGGGAAACCACAACCAUGGCUUCAAAUGUCUCCCACAGCCUCUCCUGCCUCUGCAGGAAGACGCAACAGCAGCACACGAGCAGCAGCAGCAGCAGCAGCAGCCUCCUCCAGCGGCAAAGCAGAUCCACCUCCGGACCCCACCGGUCUCUCCUCCACCCCAGGACUCUGCUCCUCUUGUCCCUGCUGCUCCUGCUCUCCCUCUCCCUGUGGUGCCAGCAGGCCGAGGCCGUGGUCCACUCCAGCUUCCGCAAGCUCAGUGGCCGCGAGAAGAAGGAGAUGCAGAAGGAGAUCUUGUCCAUCUUGGGUCUGCCGGGGCGACCCAGACCCCACCCGCCGCUCCGACCUCCCUCCUCAGCACCGCUGUUCAUGCUGGACCUGUACCACGCCAUGUCGGCUGACGGGGAGGAUGAAGGGAAUGAAAUUAUUGGGAACGGACAAGGCAUAGUGAAGCUCGGAGGGGCCGAGAGGUUGGCUCAGGUCAACCACGCAGCCCUGCCAACUCUCAGCACGCACACACCGCCGCUGGGGACGGUGGUCAGCGAGGCCGACACGGUGAUGAGCUUCGUCAACCUGGUGGAGCAAGAGCGUGACCUCCUGCAGCCUCGUCCAUACUGGAAGGAGUUUCGUUUCGACCUGACUCCCCUCCCUCAGGGUGAGACGGUGACAGCAGCAGAGUUUCGUAUCUAUAAGACCCUGACGAUGGGCCAGAGGGCCAAUCGCACGCUGCACAUCUCCGUCUACGAGAUCCAACGAGACAACAGGCACAGAGAGCCAGAGCUGGUGCUGCUGGACAUGCAGUCUGUGCCUGCAGGACAGGAGGGCUGGCUGGCCUUCGACGUCACCUCGGCCUCCAACCACUGGCUCCUGCAUCCUCGCAGCAACAUGGGCAUACGUCUCUACGUGGAGACUGAGGAGGACCGCUCCCUGUCUGCAGGCUGGAUCGGGUUGGUGGGUCGCAGGGGUCCUCGCUCCAAACAGCCCUUCAUGGUGACCUUCUUCAGGGAGAGCCAGAUCCCGUGUCGGCCGCCACGCGCUGUCAAGCCACACCCCCGCAAGAAGAAACUCAAAUAUGACCUCCCAGUCCCCAGCAUCCAUAAUCGGAGUCCUGCUAACAGCGGAGGUCAGCCGUGUAAAAAACAUGAACUCUACGUCAGCUUCAGUGACCUGGGAUGGAAGGACUGGGUUUUGGCCCCAGCAGGAUAUUCAGCGUACUACUGUGACGGAGAGUGUUUCUAUCCUCUGGGCUCCUGCAUGAACGCCACCAACCACGCGCUCAUCCAACAAGUGGUCCACCUCCUGAAGCCAGAUGAAGUUCCUAAGGCGUGUUGCGCCCCCACCAAGCUCAGCCCCAUCUCCGUCCUCUUCUACGACGACAACAACAACGUCAUCCUCAAAAAGCAUCGUAACAUGGUGGUGAAGACCUGCGGGUGUCUAUGAGGGUCCUCUCAGUACCCUGGACGCUGAUACGAGACCAAAGAAUUCACAUGAAUGAUUUUUUUUUUCUAGACAUGGACUCUGCAGAAAAUGUUAACACCAGCGAACAUGCUGGUUGAUAAAAGGAAAUUUAAUUUGCCGAUUUAGAAUCAGCAACUUAAUUGUAUUUAAUUAAUUUUCCAAAUUCAUAUAGUCCAAGUUGGCAGAUUCCAUAUCAGCACUUUGACCCAGAGGAUUUGACACUUUCCCCCCAAAUUACAGCAUUUUCUGGGUCAUGGAUAUUUGUUGGUGUUCCCAAUGAUACAUGUUCACAUUGCUUACACACUCAAUGGCUGAAGGUUUUUCUGCACAACAACAAAUAUGUAAAAUAUUCUCAUAUGUUAAAACAUCCAUCAGCUUCAUAUAUGCUAACAGUAUAAGUUAUAAGAACAAGUUUUCCCCACUUUUUUUUUUAAUGUAUAGUACUUAUUUUCCAGCUUUUCAAGAGCACAAAUUAUAUUUCACUUAAAAUGUUCCUCAAAUUAGGAAAGUUGGGGUAUUUUUACACCUGUCUAAUAGUGGAAAAACCACAUGGACUUAAGAUUUUAAUAAUAAUUCCAGACUGAGUCUUCAUAGACAGGUUUAAACCUUUAAAUGGCAAAUGAUAUUGGAUGGCAGAACAUGCCAUUAGUGAUGCCUGUUUUGUAAGUAAUGAACUUAGAGCACUACUAUUAUUGCAACACAAAAGUCUAUGUGUAAAGACAAUGUCAAAUGUUAUUGAAUUAAUAAAAAAUAUUCACACUCUCA